AUGAGCUGCAAUGGCUGCCGAGUUCUGCGAAAGGGUUGUGGUGAGAACUGUGUCCUGAGACCAUGUUUGGAGUGGAUCCAAUCCCCCGAUGCACAAGGCCACGCCACACUCUUCAUCUCCAAGUUCUUCGGCCGCAGCGAUCUCAUCAAUUUCAUCACCGCCGUCCCCUCCGGCAACCAACGUACUGCGUUGUUCCAAUCGCUUUUGUACGAAGCGGUUGGGCGGACAGUGAAUCCGGUGAACGGUGCAAUGGGAUUUCUUACUACCGGAAAGUGGCACCUUCUUGAGGCUGCUGUGGAGACGGUCCUUUCCGGUGGUUCGCCGAUUCCGAUUGGUGACGAAACAUCGAUCACGGAAGUUGACGAGAGUUCUGAGGUCUUCAAAACUAGAAGUGAGUGGGCGAUGACGAUAAUCCGGAAUCAGACCGAUGCAGGCAACUCCAACGCGGUUCCACCAGCAAAUGUAGUGAUCGCUGACGACAACAACCGGAGUUUCUCGCCCACUCCAGCCUCUAACAUUGCGAUGGACUUGGGGAUGAGUUCCCGCCGCAGCGACGGUGAAGAACCGAAGCUGCUGAACCUUUUUCGAUGA